AUGCCGUGCCCCUGGGGCCGCCUCCGCGCCGCCGCGCCAGCCGCCGGAACUCUGCAGGAGUCAGGCGCGCCUGCUGGCUCGCGGUUGCGGAUGGGGUCUGCCGGUCUGGUCUCUGGUGGUCUGCCGGCUCGGCGGCUGCCUGCCGAGUCGAAUUGCCGCAGGGCGCCGUCGCGGAACACCGACGAGGCGGCGAGGAGGACUGGAGGAGCGUGCUGCGUGCAUUCGCCGCCGCACGCUGCAGCUCAGGCAGUCAGACUGCAGCGCCGCUCCUCCCUUCCCCUGUCUAGUGGAGUGGAGAUCCGUCGGGGCGUGGAGGAUUGGUUUCUUCUUCUUGACCUAUUGGUAAAACUUUGUUAUGUUAUAGAUUUCUGCUCAGUGUGGAAAAAAGGGAAGAAACACAAUGUUGUUAAGAAUGCUUUUCUUUUCAUUUCUUGUGAGAACACUUCUUUGAUGCUUAACUUGUUAAUCCUUCUGCAAAAUCCAAUUGUGAAACUGUUUGAAAAGAAACAUGGCUGGUCGUUGAAGAUCAAUAGUUUGAUCCCGAGUGGUUUGAAGAAGGGGCUUAAUUCUGUAGUGAUCUUGGGAGCUUGGAUGUUGUGGAAACAUCAUAAUGACUUCGUGUUCGACGGUUCUUCUCCUAAUGUCCUGCAAACUCUUAGAUUUGUCCUGAGGGAGAGUGAUCUUUGGAGCCUUGCUGAGUUAUCUGGUGGACUAAACAUGAUAUUUAGGCGCUGGGCCACAAAAAAGACUGCUGGGUCAACAAAAAAUGGUCGUGAUUCCAAUCCAAAGUAUUUGGGUGUAAAGAAGUUUGGUGGCGAGAAAGUGCUACCAGGAAACAUCAUCGUCCGCCAAAGAGGGACCCGCUUCCAUCCUGGAAACUAUGUUGGCAUGGGCAAGGACCAUACACUUUUCUGCCUGAAAGAAGGCCAUGUCCGCUUUGAGCGCAACAAGCUCUCAGGCAGGAAAUGGGUUCAUGUUGAUCCAGUUGCUGGUCAUGAUCUUCACCCCAUUUACGCAGAUGGUUUUGCUACUACAGCCGACACUGAGCCUUUGCAAUAA